AUGGCCGAGUGGGAGACGGAAAACGAGCAGGCGGGCGGGCUCACGGCUCACGCGACCCGUAGGUCGUCUUCGAAAUCCGUCAAAUCUCGAAAAAGAUCCAAGACGCCGCCUAAUAGAUCCAUUUCUCCUUCAACCGCAGACAAGAGCGUGAAACGAUCUUCGCGCGACAUUGCCAUGGACGAAUCCAUUAGUAUUUUGGACCCGCGUCGAUUUACACCAACUCUUCAUGCCAAUCUCGUUUCCGAAAUUCUCACUUUGCGCAGGGACCAGGAGGACAAGACGAAGCUCAUUGAAAGUCUAGAGACCUCUCUCUUUUCUACAAGGGAGGAAAAUGAGUCACUACAGGCAAAUUACGCUACUACCGGCAAGGAGAAUCGAUCUCUGAAGCGUCAACUCUCCCUACUCGAGGGCGGUACGUCUUCCGCUCUAGGAGAACUUGCUCGUGAACGGGAUGAUGCUGUCGAAUCCAUCGCAGAGUCUAAGAAACGACAUGAUGCUGCUCAAAAGAAGAUUCGCAGCCUUGAAGAAGAUUCUCAGCGCGUGCAUGAGCAGUGGGCCAAGGAAAAGGAUGAAUGGGAAGAUGAGAGACGCAAGUUUGAGCGUAAACUUCACAUCACCGAAACCCGACUCAAGACGAUUCUCGAUGAAGUAGCAGCUUAUCAAACUGUUCAAGCGAAUGGCGAGGAGAUAGAAGGGGAGCCCGAAGACACACAAAAAGACAACGACGGCGCCAGCAUUCGCACCAUGAGCAUAACCGGGAGCCUCCGCUACUCGCUACUCAACAGCCCUGGGGCAGCCAACGGUCUCGGAGCAUCCUUGGCGGAUGAACUCAACCUUGAUGACGACGAUAGCGAUGCUGCGGCCACCGAAAGCGUCUUUUCAAGCCCCCGGCACAAGCGCACAACCAGUCGCGAAGCAGCACCGAUUGGCAGAAUGCAUCGCAGAGAUCUAAGCCUCGAAAGGGUGGGGCGACCCAGGUCACGCCUCUUCUUCAAUCCCAAUGUACUUGGAAUCCUACAAGGCGAAGACGAAGAGCAGCCAUCUACCCCCAUCGCGCCAUCGACGACUUACACGGACACUGGUGUUCAAUUCUCGCCUCCACCCUCACCCAAGGUGGAACCCACUCGCAGGCUAGAGGCGGACAACGUCAGCCGAAUCGUCAAUGAGAUCGAGGCCAAUCAGCGUCGCAAGCGAGUCCAGCCUGGCGCUUUGCCGGGCAAGCCCAUUGCCGUUGAGGACCUUCACCAGCGAGCGAUGGUUUCUGCCGCUGCACAAACUAUUGAAACACCGCUAAGCCCGCCUAGAACGCCCAAGAUGGAUUUUGAGCCAGUCACGCCCCCGCCCGAGAAAGUUGAUUCGAUCAUGGUGUCAUCAGCGACGCAGACAGAGAAGGAGCUGGAGAUGCCUACUCUCAAUCUUGUGCCUCCUAUGACUCCCCCUUUGCCUGCUAUGACCAUUCCGAGCAUCAGUGUACAGCCUCCCACCAGCCGACCAACUACGCCUAGAUCGCCCAUGUUGCCGCCUUAUAUGAAGAACUUUGGCUGUCAAGUCAACAUCUCUUAUGAUGUGCCAAUGGCGGAAGCUGCCGUACAGACUGAGGGCAUUCAGGUCGACAAGAGACUGGCUAAUCUGCCACCACACCUCCAGCCUUCCGCCAUCUCUUCUCGGCCGACUUCUCCCAGUAAAGAUGGCGUUGACCGCGAAAAGACCUUUACGCCGGUUCCCGGCAAUCUGCCGCCACGUAAUCCCCGUCGUCCGGGUAGCAAGGCUCUGCCGGAAUUGCAAUCGUCGCCUGUCUCGAUGAAUGGAGAUGAAGAAGACAAUUUGGAUACGUAUAUUCGCGAUGAAGAUGCGGAGAGCACCAAGUUAAGAGCUCGACGACGCCAUGGUCGACAUUCUGGAGAUUUUGAAUCGCAAAGUUCUGAUGAGGCGGAAGAGUUUGGAGAAGCUGACGUCAGUGACUCCGAGUACCGAACUGCUCUUUCAGCCCCGCGACCUUACUCGAACGCGAGUCGUCCUAGCAAGCGGAACUCUUUCGGCGCAGCCACAGCUUCUUUCGAGCAAAUGGCCAUGAAAGGUGCCGUCGGUGGCUCCGCCAAGUUGUAUGGUACCGAUGUUUACGAAGCCGGUCGAUCGGAUAUGGAUGUCGGUAAUCGUACUCAUAGGCGCAAGCUCAGCAAGCCCCUCGAGAGGUCUGCCGCUCCUGGAACUGGGUCCAGUCGUUCGAGUGACAUACGCAAGCAUGCCAUGAUCCAAGGCUCCAUUGCUAGCCAUCAGACUAGGUCUCGAACCCCAAGUCUGCCCGACGGCGGCAAUCCUCCGUUCCCAAUACCGCUUCGCGAUAGCUCCAAACGCUUGUCAUCUUCUUUCAUGAAUUCGCCAAGCGAGGACUGCAGCCCUACUAGAGCUGAGAGCUCUUACCGCAGAGGCAGCAGCCGCGGCAGUUACUAUGGCAGCAGUGUGCGCAGGGUUCGAUCAGCCACCGCGAUGCCGCGCAACCAUAGAUACCGCAGACACGGCAGCCGAUCACCACCACCUUUGUCCAUAUCGACAGAGGCUCCCGAGAGUCCGGGUUUGCCUCCCUUGCCGCGCAAUGACAUCACAACCCCCCGAGGCAAGGAACCUAGUAGCUCCUCUUACAGACGUCACCGUCAUGAGCUCUCCGCCAACACCGAUAACACGCUCAACACAGAACCCUCGCGCGCCUCCCACGGUGGCCCCCAAGCGACUGGCGUUGUCGACGCCAUCGCGCAGACCAUGGUCGGCGAGUGGAUGUUCAAAUAUGUUCGCCGUCGCAAGUCCUUCAGUGUGCCAGAUGCCACUGGCAAGGACGACACAGGCAAUGACCGCCACAAGCGAUGGGUUUGGCUCGCUCCGUAUGAAAGGUCUAUCCUAUGGAGCAGCAAGCAGCCUUCUUCCGGCAGCGCGUUGAUGGGAAAGACAGGGCGCAAGCUUACCAUCCAAUCUGUCCUUGACGUCAAAGACGAUAAUCCUGUCCCCAAAGGAGUCUCAACUAUUUUUAAUCGCUCAAUUCUCAUUCUUACCCCUCAGCGCGCUCUAAAGUUUACCGCCAGCUCAUCAGAGCGCCAUUAUCUUUGGCUCACAGCCCUCUCAUUCCUUGCACACUCGUCACAAGCUGUGCCGGAGAACCUGUCGGCACCGCAGCCUCAAAUAGCCAAGCAGCCACAUCAACGGCCAGUCCCUGACUUUGAAGUUGCGCAGACCAAGAUGCGUCGUCCUGGGAUCCGAGACUCAAUUCGCCUGGCCAAGAAUAAGACUGCCAUUGGCAGCCGUACUGGUCCUCCGAGCGUGCCCAGCCUCCCCAGCAACCCUCCUUCUCGUAUGGGUGAGGUAUCAAGCUUUCGCCCUCCACCAUCCACUGGAACAGCAUCCGUCAGCCAUCAACGAGAAGCCUCGCAUGACAUGGCCGAGCCUCCGAUGAUCCAGCGCUACAAUGAGCGGUCUCAGACAUCUUCGCAUGGCCGCAAGCGAAGCAACACGGGUGGGCAACAGCACGUUCCCCCGCCGCUCUCGUUUCGAGGCUUCUCUGGGCCUCUUAACAGCUCCCAAGACAAUGGCCACAGCACUUCGACCAACACUCCUGCCUCUUCGGACAUGUUCCAGUCACAGGCCUCAAGUAACACCACGUGGGGCGGCUCUCAACGAGCAUCGGAAGCGUCAAGCAGGCCGAGUAACUUUUUUGAUGCCAUUGGAACAGUUCGCAUGGAGGCCUUUAUCAGCCCGUUGGCAGGCUCACAGGCAGCACAAGGCUCUGAGCAGGAUGAGUCUCGCCACUUGGCCCGCCGACGCAGCAAAGAGCACCGCAGACGCCACAGCCGCAGUCGCAGCCGCAAUCGUGACUUUUGGAGCCACACACGCAAUGGCGAUGGCCGCCGUGGCUACGAUGACUUUUACGGAGGUAGCCGGACAGCCGGCGAGGAGGAAUACUUUCGAGACGACCCUUUUAAUCCUUUCAAGGAUUUUUGA